AUGGCACCCCACAAGCUUCAAGUUGGCGUCGCUGGUCUCGGACGAAUGGGCAAGCGACAUGCCCUUAACUUCCAUCAGAAUGUCCCUCGAGCUGUUCUGGUCGCUGUUACUAGCCCUGAUGCUGCUGAGAGAGAAUGGGCUGCAGAGAACCUCGCUCCUGAUGGGGUAGCUAUCUACGAGAACUACUCUGAUAUGAUAGCACACGCCGGUUUAGAUGCUGUUUGCGUCGCCUCUGCCACUGCGGUACAUGCUGAACAGACCAAUUCCGCUAUUGCGGCGGGAAAGCAUGUCUUGUGCGAGAAGCCCCUUGGCACGACUGUUGAGAUUUCUCAAUCUGUUAUUGACGCCGCUGCUACCCGCCCCGAUCUCAAAGUUAUGUGUGGUUUUUCCCGCCGUUUCGAUGCUUCGUACCGCGACGCGUACGAGAAAACAAAGUCAGGCUUGAUUGGCCGUCCAUCUGUUCUUAGAAGCCAGACUUGCGAUGUCUUAGAUCCCUCUGGCUUUUUUGUCGCAUAUGCGCAGUUUUCUGGUGGCAUAUUUGUCGAUUGCAGUAUUCAUGAUAUUGACUUGGCCCUAUGGUUCUUCGGGCAAGAGUCGAAAGUUCGAUCAGUCCAUGCUGUAGGCAUUACUGCUGUGGAACCAGACCUACGACAGUAUAAUGAUAGAGAUAAUGCCGUUGGGAUUGUUGAAUUCUACGAUGGUCGAAUUGCGUAUCUGUAUGCCUCACGUAUGAUGGCUGCUGGUCAAGAGGAUACAACAGAGAUUAUCGGAACAAAGGGCAAGUUAUCUGUGAACUUGAUCCCGGUCGAGAACCAUGUUCGGAUUUAUGGACAAGAAGGUAUCAGGCAUGAGCUUCCUCAAAACUAUUGGGGACGAUUCCAAGCAGCAUUCACAAGAGAGGCUAUCGAGUUUACCGACUGUGUGCUGGAUGACAAGCCUGUACCUGUUGAAUUAGAAUCAGCAGUAACAGCAGUGCGUAUUGGUGCGGCUUUGCAGCGUUCUAUGAUUAUGGGGAAUAAGAUUCUUUUUGACGAGAGAGGUAACGAGGUUCAUAGAGCUCAGUUAUAA